AUGGCUUCGGAACUUGUUGGAAGACUUCUGGAAUGGCUUCCAUUGACCAAGAGCCAAACGGGGCAGAGUAUUUAUGAAUAUGGCGUUCUUGGAUCAGACGAGAUUCGGACAUUGUUGAUCCAACCUGGUGCCAGUGGAAGCCCCCUGACUGGCCAAAUCGAUCAACACAAGCUUGGUGACCCUGACAAGCCCUACGAGGCUCUUUCUUACGCCUGGGGGAGCCCGAAGCGUGGAAAUGUCAUAAGGAUCGGCGAAAAGGAUGUUUUGGUCACUCAAAAUGCCAGAGAGCUUCUGCUGCAUCUCCGCGACGAACACCAUCCCCGCCGGGUUUGGAUUGACGGUAUCUGCAUCGAUCAAGACAAUAUAGACGAGAGGAGUCACCAAGUGACACUGAUGCAAGCAAUAUUCUCUGGGGCUUCGAGUGUUUUGAUAUGGGUCGGGGAGUCAGACGAAGAUACUGACAGUGUCUUCUCGUUUUUCACUUUGAUGGACGAACGACGUCGAGAUCGGGCCGAGGCUGAAGCAAAUGAGAAUGAGAAUGAGCAUCCGGAUACCGAGUUUGUUAGAAAGAGCAUCAAGGACCCCUCCAAAGUUCGAAAAUUUGCAAGCCGCCCCUGGUUUCAUCGAUCAUGGACUUUUCAGGAAGCAUGCCUUUCGGCGGAAUCGUAUCUGAUCUGUGGAAAACAUCAACUGCACUGGCGGAUAUUUGUCUCGGCGGCCCUGUACCUGACAUCCGCGGGAAUGCUCAACGUAUUCGGCCAGUCGGCAGAUACGAUAGUAGCUCUCGCAAACCUGGCCGCUGCAAAUCCCAGCCACCAUACUCCAUAUCUGUCCGUCAUUCUUCCACUGACGCGCGAACUGAAAGCUGGAAACCCUCAUGACAAAAUAUUUUCAGUCCUUGGCAUGGCUGACCGAACAAACAUGCCCUCACUCAAAUUGUCAUAUAGUCUCCCUGUAUCUGAGGUGUACGCGCGAACCGCCAAAGCUAUGAUAGUCCAAGAACAGGGUCUCUCGGUCCUGUCUGGCGUUUGUGGGCCAGACCGGCAGGAUCGAAACCUGCCUUCCUGGGUACCUGAUUGGAAUCUUUCUCGGCCUGCUGCUUAUUUUCACGGAUAUGACUGGCCCGACACAACUCACCUAUACGACAUUAAUGAAGGUGCGAGCUUCCCGAAUGCUAUCCCGAAUGAUCUCGGGCCCGAAACUCAUAUCCUGAAGCUGAGAGGUGCGAGGCUAGAUGUCAUAACCCACGUGUGUGACGGGAAAAGGCUUCUACUCGAGACUGCCACAUUGAAAGGAAGGACACACAACAUAACUGCCCGGUCCGCCAAUGGCGAAAUGAACCUGUUGCGGAAGGAACUUGAUAAGAUUCCCCUGAAACUCGGGUUUUCGCCCUUGAAAAGGUACAAGCAGACCGGGGAGGAAAUCAUCCAAGCCCUUAUGAGCGUGUUAACCAUUGCCAUGUGGACCUUCAUGGCGGGGAGGAAGGUAUUCAGAACGCGUCAUGGGCUGCUCGGGAUUGCAGCCGAAGGCACCAAGGUUGGAGACGAGGUGUGGGAUAUAAUCGGCGGGCGGGUCCCGUUUGUGCUGAGAUCGAAGAAGACAUGGUUCCGGGAGGAUCCAGGCACAGCAAGGACGGCAAGAUUACAAGUAGUCGGUGAAGCGUACGUUCAUGGGGUUAUGAAGGGCGAGCUUUGGAAGACGGCGGAGGAGGAGGAGACUAUGCGGAGCAGUACAGAUACGUGGAGUAGCACAGAUACGACUUCCGACGCUUUACACGGCGAUGCUCUUGAAUUUGAAGAUCUGGAACUAGUUUGA